AUGUCCUCCUAUCGGCUCGGCCUCCGCCCCCGCCCCCUGGUGGCCUGGAGAGACAUGACAGCACACAAUGUGGAUUGUUUAGUGUUUCAUCUGGAAUAUAUUCACUGUUCCUGGAAUGAGAACCGGACUCCAGAGGUCAAUUACACCUUCUAUAGCUGGUUCAACAAACCACCCAGAGAGUGCCCCAGCUAUCUUUCAGAGAACAGCAUAAACACUGGAUGCAAACAGCCCUAUUUACAAAAAGAAGCUGAAAGGUUCAACAACUUUUACACCAAACUGGGAAACGACAGUAAUGAAACGACGCAUCGUCUCAAAGAAAAAGUCAAGUUCAAUCCUCCCACCAACGUGACUGUCCAGUAUGGAUUGGACUCGAACCUGUGGCUCAACUGGACCCAGAUUUCUCAUGGGAAAGUGGAGAGUCAAGUUCGCUACAGGAUCAACAACAAGCCGUGGAUGGUAGGCAUUUUUAAUGCUGGGAUUCAGAAUUACUGCAUCAACUUGCCCUCCAGCGCCUUGUAUGAGCUGCAGGUGCAGAGCAAAUUACACAAUACAUAUGGAGGCGGUAAAGAAUCUCUCUGGAGCGACUGGAGUGAGCCUGUGUUCUGGGCCUCCAAAAACAGCAGCACAGACAGCUCGAUGUCUGUGUGGACUCCAGUGCUGUAUGGGUUGGGUGCUUUCAUCCUCAUCCUACUGGUCAUGAUGUUGCUACACCAUGAAAGAAUCAGAAUCAUCUUCAUCCCUGUGGUUCCCAAGCCAUCCCCAAAGCUUCAUAAUGUCGAGGAUUGGUUUCAGUUCCCCAACGGCCUGAAAGAGAGUUUUAAGUACAAUGAGCGUCCCUGUCCUGUCCGUGAGUACUGCCAUGUCCCUGAGUCUGACAGCGAGAGCUCUGACUGCUCCACCUGCUCCGGCACCACCGACAAAACCGACUGCUCCGUCUCCAUCCCUGUGAACGAAUCUGACCUGCCUACUUCCUGUUCCUCUUCCACCUCCACAGUCUCACCUGAGGAGGAGAAGCAGGAUUCUGUUUAGGAGGCAUGUCAGUCAGGGUUGGGUUUCUGAAAACUUUAUAAUUCAGAUUGUAUUUUACUGACACAUCUCCUCAAAAUGGAUACAAAAGGUUCCCUGUAUGAGGAGAAAUCAGUUUGAAACCCUUAGAAACAAUUGGCUCAAUUAAAAUUGUCCAUGUUUAAGAAAACCUACAACCUGAUGCAGUAGUUACAGGUCAAAAGAACAUCAUAAAAUCCCUUUUUAGUUUGUUUACAACAAAUUACAAACUCUGAAUCACUUCAUUGAUAUGUUACUUUUUUAUUAGUGACAUACAGUAAGUUUCUCUUUAAAAUAUGCUUCUGGCAAAGUACCACUUUGAGGUGCCAAUGUUUACUGUACUGCAAAGUUUUCUCUUUCUCUAUCAGUGGUCUGUAUGCUCUACCCCAGGAGAACAGAUUGAAGUUCCUAUUCCAAAUCAGAAAAAAGGACAUUUAAACUUCCACUUCCUCUCAUACCUUACAACCACUGAUUAAAGCAUGGCUGUCAGUUGAAAAACAAAAAAGUCCUUUGCACCUAUUAGUUGUUCCUUAAGCAUAGUAUUUAUUUUUGAGAGACAAAUAUUUGUACACAACUGAGUUUCAUCAUCAAUCAAUCAAUGUUUAUUUAUAUAGCCCAAUAUCACAAAUGUUACAUUUGUCUCAGUGGACUUCACAGUUUG